AUGACAAUGCCCAGAUACUGUCUGUUUGGUGAUGCAGUGAACACGGCAAGUCGAAUGGAAAGCAAUGGAAAACCUGGACGAGUCCACAUCUCCACGGACACGAUGAAAUUUCUGACCGAAGUUGUUGGUGGUGGCUAUAAAACGGAGCCAAGAGGAGAAGUCAUAGUGAAGGGAAAAGGAGCGCUGGAGACUCAUUGGUUACUGACGCCCGAGGAGCAGCAGCAGUCCUACAUGGAU